AUGUCCAAUUUUGAAUUUAGACAUCAAACAAGAAGUCAAUUACGAAAAAAAAUCAAGAUUGGUAAAGAAGUUUCUCAAUUAUCAUUCGUCAAACUGAAGAAUAUGGAAAGAGAACGUGGAUUAUGGAAAUGUUUACUGAUUGAAAGAACUUGUUCAUUGACCGAUUCCUUGCUUGAGAGUCUUGAAGAAGAAGAAUUAUUUGGUGCUUUUACUUCUUCUUCAGAUGACACGGAUGAUGAUGAUGACGAAUACACAGAUUCAGAAAAUGAAAAACUUGAGUUCAUUUUUGAUGAUUCUUCCGAUACUUUCUCAAGGAAACAUGGACGCGAAGAAGAAGAAGAAUUUAAUAUGCUAUCGUCAAAUUAUGCCGAUUCUGUAUUUUUGAAAGAUGAAUCUUUGGAAUCAUCCGAUGAUAUUUUGAGAAAGCAUGGACAUGUUGACGUAUUGUCGAAAGAGGUAGAUUCUGUUUCGUCUCUGCUUAAGAAUUGCAAACGACAAAG